AUGUCUUCUAACCAGGAACCCUUCGAAGACGCUCAUGAGACAGCGAGCGACGCCAUGCCGUCUCCCCUUCCUCAGGGUAAUUCGACGCGUUCUCUAACUAACCCUUCGCCGACGAGUGGAUCACCCGCGCACCCUCCUUCCCUUCCUCCACGAUCUCCUCCGGCUGAGAAUGAGAAACAAGAUUACUUUACGGACGAUCCCAGUUCAGACAAUCAGUCUGAUGUGGAGGAUACGCCACGGAAACAGAAACUACAAAAGUCCCCCUUACUGACUGCUCAUCGUCUGUCGACCUCUUCACUUGACGAUGUGAACCUUGCUGGGAAUAAGGAAGAUGAAGAUGAGAGUUCGGGGCAGAACACCCGCCCGGUGCCUUCUCCUCCCCCGGUUCCUGCGAGGGAUUCAAUGUCAUCACACCAUUCGAAUAUGAUGGGCUUAUCGGGAGCCCUGCCCUCGGUCCCCUGGGCUCCUCCCCCGCCUAUACAUAAAAACUCCCCUCCCUCCCCUCCCGCCCCUGCUCCCCCGCCGCCUCCAACUCGGAAAUUUACAAGCCCGUUCGCAUGGCUUACGAGAAGUUCUACGACACCGAAGGAGACAAAGCCGCCUCAGCACUCAACUGGCGGCCAUAGGAGCACUGCGGCUUCUGUGUCUACUAUGUCCAGCAACGCAGAUCAUUUGGCUAAAUUGCCUGAAGAUGACGUGGAUGGCGUGAACGGGGUAUCGAAGAAGCAGAAGCGAAGCAGCUUAAAGGACCAAUUCAAGAUACUACGAAUGCGCGAGGAGGGGCCGAUUGCAGAGAAUGAUGUAUCCAGCAUUGCGUCGGGGAACGCGAGCAUCAAAAGUCCACGGAGUAUCCAGGAAGAGGGGGAGAUUCAUGUUUCCACACCGCAAACCUCGCCCUCCGCCGUCACGGUCAACCCCAGCCUUCCUCCUGGCACAGUCUCGGGUAUUUCUACCUCAGCGACUGAUGCUUCCGCGCCUGUGGAUUGGGAGUUAUGGCAACAGCUCGUUAAUGAAGGGCCAACCGCCCUAACAGGUGCCAGUUCCGAAGAACUACACGCUGCCAUCAAGAGGGGGAUUCCACAGACUAUUCGAGGAGUCAUUUGGCAAGUCAUGGCUGACAGCAGGAAUCCCGAGCUUGAAGAGGUCUACAGGGAGCUUGUCGCUCGGGGAACAGAUAAAGAAAAAGAGCACCUCGUGAACGGGAAUGGCCAUCCAUCCAGUGGAAAUGCAAGUGACAAAGAUAAGGAAUCGAUGGUCUCUUCGCGCUCAUCUGUACGCUCAGAUAAUUCGGGCAUGGUGGGACAUUUGAAUAACGGUACCUCAAGCCCUUCUCAUGAGCAGGACCUUGAGAAGUUGGCCAAGGAGCACGCCGCACGCGAAGCUGCCCAACAGAAGAAAGCAAGGGAACAAGCUGCCGCGUUACAGAAAUUGGAGAAGACCAUCAGAAGAGAUCUGGGUGCCCGUACCAGUUAUUCACGAUAUUUCAUCUCCCAAGGGAAUCAGGAUGCGUUGUUUGGGUUGUGUAAAGCAUACGCUUUGUACGAUGAGGCUGUGGGUUAUGCCCAAGGUAUGAACUUUAUUGCUAUGCCGUUACUGUUUAACAUGGAUGAAGCCGAAGCUUUUACGCUCCUUGUCAAGCUUAUGAACAAGUAUGGGCUGCGGGAAAUGUUCGUCCACGAGAUGCCCGGGCUCCAUCGUAGUCUUUAUCUGUUUGAGCGCCUGCUGGAGGACCUGGAGCCGGCUCUCUAUUGCCACCUUCGCAGACGAGAGGUUCCCCCGCAGCUAUACGCCACCCAGUGGUUCCUAACCCUUUUCGCCUACCGCUUCCCUUUGCAGCUUGUCCUUCGCAUCUACGAUCUUGUCUUUGAGGAAGGCCUGGAAAGCGCCAUUCUUAGGUUUGCCAUUGCGAUUAUGCGCCGGAACGCCGACACGCUUUUAGGCAUGAAGGACAUGAGCCCGCUCACAUCAUUCUUAAAAGAGAGAUUGUUCGAUGUGUAUAUCGAUAAACAACCAUCGCCCUCAUCCAUUUUGGAGUCGGGCUUCUUUGGAAGCUCCGGGGCAGCCGAUAAGGAAGUAUAUCGAGCUGACAUCAUGGUCCAAGACGCAUGCGCUAUUCCGUUGACCAAAGAGAUGGUCAAGGAGUAUACAUCCGAAUGGGAGGAGAAGUGUCGUGUUGAGAAAGAACGUGAAUUGGAGCUCGAGACACUAAAACAGACUGUCACCAAGCAAGCGGCGCGAAUCCGGAAGCUUGAAGAACGGACAGAAACGUCCGACAAGGAGCACGUGCAGCUCGCAUCGGAGCUUGUUCGCCUUAAGGUCGAGAAUGAAGAGCUCGAAGAUUUGACAGACGCACUGAAGAUCCAAGUACAAGAGCUGAAGAAUGUGGUUGACAAGCAGCCGGAAGAAGUCGAGGCGAAGCUCCGAACGGAAAUGGAUCGCAUAAUGCAACGGAACGUCGAAGUACAGAAUGAGAAUAGAGCGAUGGAAGAGCAGAUGGCCGAAAUGGAGAAGGAACUGGUAGAUGCGAAGAUGAAAUGGGCUGAGAUCAACGAAAACCACGAAGCGCUGAAACAGAAAUGGAGUGAUCUUCGCAAGGCUCUUGAUUGACUUGCUAACUGUGGGCUUGUAGUUGCACAUUUCAUGUUGCAUAUUGAUCUUGAGGGAGGUUGGAAUGUAAGUAUUUGCGAACAUCUAGACUUCUCUCUUGACCUCUUUUUAGCGAGGGGCACCGUCAUCUUUCUAUUCUCUUUUAAUUUGUUUCAUAUCUGCUAUGUUGCCGACGUCUGGACACGCUUGGCAUGGUGUAGAUACUGACGGUUCCACUUUCUCGCCAGAAAAGCUGGUUCCUGUUUCCAUUUUCGUUUCAUGUGCAUACCUUACAAGGAAGCUCUGAGAAGCCGACGAAAGAGGAAUGAAGAAAGAAUCUCAAGUCACGAUUGUCUAGUCAUUUGCAUGAGGUUGCUACCAUAUUAGCAUUGGUGGUUAUGAUGUAUAUCAUAGAUGUGUUUGUUCCAUAUUAUACAACAUGUGUAUUCUAGCUGUAUACCCAGGUUUCAAUGAGGAUAUCAAAUUCAAUUACUGGAAUAU